GCUGUCUUUAUAAGAGACGGCUGAUAUUGCGAGUCCAUUUGAAAUCGCGUUUACUACAUAUACUGACUGAAAGGUUUCAAUUCUCUUCUUGCAUUUAAGCUGUUUGAGGGAAAUAGACUGGAGCCCCGUGACAGCUAUUAGAAUAUAGGACAAAUACACUGAUUUAUUUGACGUUCGUCUGUCCAUAGAAAACUUGGAAGGCAAUUCGUAAGAUGGCCCUUAAAAUGAACAUCGAAUGUUUCCGUUUGGUAGCGGCAAUAGUCAUCCUGUUUUAUUCAGACCGGCCACUCUGCAGGUGCAAUGGCCUAUCCACGGUCCAGAGUAUUGGAAAUCAGAUGCUGGGAAGCAUGAACUACGCCUCCAGGCGGGCGAGGGAGGUGGUGGACCUUAUAUUUCUGGUAGACGAGUCUAACAGCGUUUCCGAGGAAGAUUUCAAGUCGGAGUUGGAGUUUAUCAGGAACAUAUUGGAACAUUUCAGUGUGGCGCCACAGUACACGCAGGUCGGCAUUAUCACAUUUGGAACCGACGCCAGGGUCCACAUUAGUUUGAACGAGAUGUCGGACAAAUGCGAGUUCAUAACGAGGCUCGGCCAGGUGCGCAAUCGGGGAGGCAUGAGCAACAUAUAUCAAGCGCUCUACCUGGCAAAGCAGGAUUUAGACCGAGCGCGGUAUACUGGCCGUGGUGCUCUACAGGUUGUAUUUCUACUAAACGAUGGACAUUGGAACAUCGGUGGUGACCCGAAACUCCUUGUGGAUCAUAUGAAGAAGGGCAAUGUUGAGUUUGUUGCUGUUGGAAUGGGGCGGUGGCAGAAAAGCAAUUUAAACGACCUGUCAUCAUCAGACAAAAAUGGGAAGAAGUUAGUAUAUGACAUUAAAACAUUCAAACAAUUUCGGGACAUAGCUCGAUAUUUUCACAAGGGCCAACAAAAGUUUGAAUACCAGCCAGCGCCGGCGACCCGUUGUGGAAGCAAAUGUCGAACCGGAGCCUACUGUAGCUGUGAUGCGCGCGGAGGACAGGAAUAUAUAUGUGUUUGCAACAAUGGAUACCACAUCAAGCGAGAGGGACAGGUUAUGACAUGUGCCAUAAUCACUACUGCCAGACCCACGUCCAUCCAGUCUGGGUGCGGCGGGAACCGUGACCUCACAGGUACAACUGGAGUCAUCAAAUCUCUCAAUUACGGAACUGGUAAUUACAACAACAAUGCUAACUGUAAAUGGAAAAUCACUGCCCCAGCCGGCAAGAUCAUCAAGCUCACUUUCCUGGCCUUUGCUGUAGAAGAGGGUGGCACCAGCUGCCGGUUCGACAAACUCUCUGUCUACGACGGCAGUUCAACCAGCGCCAGAUUCAUCAAGAAUUACUGCGGGAAGGGUACUCCAAACGAGAUCUCGACCACAGGCAACGCCCUCUAUCUGACAUUCACCAGUGACCGUUCGGAGGUGGAAAGUGGGUUCUCUAUCAGAUACACUGUCGUGGAUCCACCAAGAAGCUGCGGCACGCCUGCUAUAGACGCUAAGCUUGGAAACAACCGUAUUGUGGGUGGAACCGAGGCCAUUUCAGGCAGUUGGCCAUGGCAGGUGUCCGUGCGUUACAGAGGCUCGCACAUCUGUGGUGGAAGUCUGAUCUCUGACCAGUGGGUCGCUACUGCCGCUCAUUGUUUGGAAGAGCGGAACUUGAGUCCAAGGUACUGGUCCAUCUCUGCCGGAAAACACAGAAAGUACAACGACCCUGACGAGGAGAUUGUCCAGGUUCAGACGCUGAUCCGUCAUGAGAAUUACGACCACUCCAUUUGGGACAAUGACAUCACCCUCUUCAAGCUGGCCAAGCCGGUCACUCUCUCUGACCGUGUCCAUCCCGUCUGCCUGCCCACGACCGUGGCCGCUGAUAACACUUUUUGUUACGUGUCAGGCUGGGGAAUCGUGCUCGGCACUGGAAACUCUGGUGUGUUGAAGCAAGCAUUGGUGCCCAUCGUUAAAAGGCAAACGUGUAACAGCUGGUACAGGGAUAUCAGUGUCGUCACCGGCAAUAUGAUCUGCGCUGGUUACGAGGCUGGCGGCCAUGAUGCUUGCCAGGGUGACAGUGGUGGGCCCUUGGUGUGCAAGUCAGGCGGGAAAUUUGAGCUACAUGGUAUCACGUCUUGGGGCGACGGUUGUGCAGGUCGCAGAAAGCCAGGUGUGUACACUAAAGUUGUCAACUACUUGGACUGGAUCCAGCAGAAAAUGACGCAAUAUGGGGCAUAAAUCAUACGACAGAUAGCGCUAGAAUUUUGAUUACCAAUGUUUCUCUACAAGAUACAUUAACGUAUAGAAUAAUGGUGGACUUCGCGUAGCACCUUUUAAAAAGGAUCUGUAAAUAAAUAGGCCAUAUACUAUGCCAG